UUUUUUUUUAAAUCUCUCUUUGCAGUGACCAGUCCAUCCAGGAGAAGAGUCAAAAGCUCUCAACACCUCUUGACCAAGAAUGUGGUGAUCGAGUCGGACCUCUACACUCCCCGGCCACUGGAGCUGCUGCCUCACCGCAGCGACCGUCGGGAUGCAGUUGAUGGCCGCAGGUUCGGCCGGCUGCAGAACACUAGGCCUCCAGGGGCGCAUCCCACCAAAACCCCCGCCAGACCUGUGGGGAUUUCUGAACCCAAAGCAUCAAAUCUGUGUGGGAAUCGAGCAUAUGGAAAAUCGCUGAUUCCUCCAGUGGCCCGGAUCUCAGUGAAAUCUCCGGCUGCAGCAGAGGUGGCAGCCACAGGCUCAGAGAACGGAGCUGUUCUGGGGAGAGGAUCCAGACAUCUCAAGAAGAUGAUGGAAGAGUAUCCAACUCUCCCCCAGGGUGCAGAGGCUUCCCUGCCACUGACAGGCAGUGCUUCCUGCGGUGUCCCUGGCAUCCUCCGGAAAAUGUGGACCAGGCACAAGAAGAAGUCUGAAUAUGUGGGAGCCACCAACAGCGCCUUCGAGGCUGACUAGAGGUGACCCUUCCCAGGUGCCUUGCAUUGGCCGAGGUUCACAGGACAGAGAAGAAAACUUGAGGAUUGGGACUGAGCCACACUCACCUGUGCUAGUAGCUGGUCCAAACAUCAUCCUCCCUCACUGGCCAAUCACCCAGCUUAGGGUGUGGAAAAGGAACGGUCCCUUGAAGGCAAAAUAAAACUGUGGGUCUGAAAGUUACUUUGGGAGGUCAUAAAGUUUAUAUCCCUAUCUUUAGGCAUAACUAUACCAAAAGCAAACUUUGCCAGCCCAUUUAAAAAAUCUACAGGGGAGAACAAAGGCAAUCCCUCUGUCUUCCUCGUGGGUUUUUCCAAAAUGUAUAAUUUCUGGCAUGAAUGUAAAAGCUUGACCUUUGAGGGGUUUGUAAACCCCAUGGUUCUCACUCUUCCCAUUUCAUGUUUAUUUCACCUUGAUGAGGUACAAAUUCUAAGGACAAAGCACUAUGUAUCUACUUAAUACUUCUAAUAUCUACCUGACAGUAUCAUCAAGAUCAUUUCUGAUGGUCAUUUGGCAUGAUUGCAUGACUUCUCUGUUCUUUUAUGUGCAGUUUUUUUUCUAUAGAAAAACAUUAAAAUUAAAUGUUAAUGUUUUCUUAAGUGGCAUAAUCUAGUAGAAUUGAUAAUACCUUGCUUUGGUCCAAUGAUUGUAACUUUUGAAAGUACUUUCCCAUCCGUUAUCUCUUCUUAUCACAAAGCCCCAGUUGGAAAAAAAAAAAUGAUUCCCAGUCUAUAGAUAGGGAAAUCAAGGCCUCCCCUGGUUAUGUGAAGUGGUAGGAUCAGAUCCUCAAAUUCCCUCAGCAGAUUCCCUGCUGUGCUUACUCUAACAACUGAUUCGAGGAACUUUUUAAAUGAUAGGCACGUGUCUCUGGGAACAACCAUGAUAAAGUUAGAACAUGUAAGUGAUCUGAAUGAAUUAGACCAUUGCAUAUUGGACUGAACCAGGGGACAUUGCCAUUUCUAUUGGUCAAAACAAUUGAAUAUCCAUGUGGUUUAACCUAAUAUAUAAUAUUAUGCUUUCCUCUAUCAAUGGAAAUGUCAUCACCAAUUCCAUUUUCAACAUCAAUAGCCUUAAAAUGAUCACAUAAUAGCAAUGGUAAUAAUAAUUAUCAUUUAUUAAAUGCCUACUAUGUGCCAGGCAUGAUACUGAGCACUUUAUAGAAAUUAUCCUAAUCUUUCUAACAACCAAAUUAGAUGGCUUUAUCCAUUUCAUAUGUAGAUGCCAGUUCAAAAAUGUUAAAUGAUUAUUCUGAAGGCACCUAACAUACAUGGGUGUCCAGCUUCAAUGCCUGUGUUAUACAUACUCCUUCACAUGAAAGAGUUCAGAACAUAGAGAAGGACUAGGGUUAGUAAUGAGUUUUUGUCUCAAGCAUUAAAGCUAAUGGAUUGGUAGAGGCUGCCUAGAGUGUGUGGAGAAGGGAUUUGAAUUGAAAGAGUCAGUGAUGGAUGAGUGAUGCCUUGCCCGCGGAGGGGAUUAGUGACAGGCCUUGAAUAGUCCUCAUCUGUGACCUGAACUCUGCCUCCAGAAGGCUUGUUUUCUAAUUAAGAGGUUUAAAUUAACUCAACCUAUUUAAUGAAAUCAGAAAUUCUGUAGUUAAAAUUUAGCCUAUGACUGUGUUGGAAAUUGCUAUGUCUUUUGUACAAACUAGAGUGUGACCAUUCUACAUCUCAGACUCAAAGGAUAUUUCUGACUGUUGCACUGUGGUAACAUCUUGCUUUGUGCUCUUUGAAUUUCCUGUUUCUGUAUCUCCAGGUAAAUUCCCAGAGGUGUGGUGGUGGGUAAGAGGCCUGGGCUUCUGGGCUUUCACCUUGCUGAUCUCUGCCUUCAGCCAUUGUGCUAGACUCAAGUACCUGAUCCUGGCACCCAACAUGAUUUGGAAACUCGUGCUCAAGGGCUUUUUCACCAAGGGGCUAUCCCAAUGAACUGUCCAAUGUCUUAUACAGCGUAGAAACUGGGGUCCAGAACAAAAUUAGGGAACAAACAGGUAAUCUUGCUGGACCACAUAGAGUUUCUUAUGACUAUUUAUUUUAACUUAUUUAAUUUAUAACUGAUGUCUUUUAUUUGUAUGUGGCAGCUGAAGAUCUAUGUAGGAUGGAAUUAACUUAUUUAUUUUUAAUUUAAAUAUUUCACGGUGAAGUGUUUGCCUUGUAUAGAACAUUUGGCGAGUUCAAAUAAAAAUAAAGUGUGCUUUGUGACAUUAAUAAACCACCAAAAGAGUGUG